GGUUGACGACCUGGCCCUCCCCACCGCACCCCACCCUGACUCCCCCACCUGCCGGGCAUCCGCAGAUAGGGCCCCGGUGGCUGUGUGUUGGUGGCUGGUGGCGAGGCUGGGGAAGCUCUGGGGUUUCUGGUGGCAGGAUGUGGUGGGGGCCAGGAUUGGACUCUUCCCAUCCCCACCGUGUCCCGCCUGCUGAACUUCGACCUUUGGCCCUGGCUUGUGUCUGGUUCUUUGGGGGGCAGGGUGCAAAAGGGACUGGCAGGGGUGUGAAGAUGGCUUUGGCCUGGGAAGUAGGUGGGGCAGGGCCCAGUGAGUGUGGAGCCGGCUGUGCUCGGUGCUCUGGUAUUUUGUGUGCAUUUACAAGUGUGCCGGUUCCUCACGGGACUGUGGCGUGAGUGUGUCUGUGAUGAGCGGGCCUCUCGGCGCGUCUACAAUGUGCCUGUGUGCUUGUUCAUGGCGCUCAGCUUUGACGGUGUGUGUUUGUGCUAGCGGCCCUGUGUAUGUGUGUGCGUUCGGUGUCUGUUGGUGUUUUAUCUGCGGUAUGCACGGGGGAAUGUGUGAAGUUGCAUGCAUGUGUUUGGGUGUGUAAGAGUGUGCACCUAGGUAUCUUUCACUGUACAGGUGAGUCUUAUGUGUGUGAGCCGCUGCGUGUCAAGUGUGCAAGGGCUACGUAGAUGCAGGUGUCUGGUUGUCUCUUAGGGGGCACGUGGGAUUUUUUGUAUCUGUACGUCUGUGAGUGUGCAAGAGAUAGCCUCUGUGUGUGUGUGCGCGUGUGUUCGUGCGUGUGUGGUAUAUACAGCUAUGUCGGCCUUGAGGGUGUGUGUCUGUCUUGGGAGUCCUUGCCUACUUUGGUCUCUGGGGACCAGGUUCUACAUGGUUAGGCCUGUAUGUGCAAGAUACAUGUAUCUGUGCGAUGGGCGCAAAACUGACCCUACUUCUGGGUCUAGCAAGUGUGGCCAGGGGCACGUCAAGGUGUAGUCUGUAGUGCUGGAACACAGAUGUGACAGUACCCUGGGCUCAGUGUCCUGGAGGCAGGACACUGAUAGGCAGCUCCCAGACGGGACUGGUGUGCCCCGUGAGCUUGGGCUGGGAUCAGGUGGACCCUGUGGGUCCGUCGGUGUAAAUGUGAUGGCACUCAUGUCUUCGAAGCUGGGGAGCCCUUACGAGAACUCCUGAGUUCUUCAGGAUAAGGUGUCUGGUCCCGGCUCCCGAGCCUAGUAAGAGGAGCGUGGGAAUGUAGACUCCCGGGCUGCCGGGAGGAGCGGGUGAAUUCUGAACUCAGAAGCCAGCUGUAGCGGGCAGACGGGCCCAGGGCUCCUGACACCCGGAGGGCAAGGCUCCCAUCCUGGACUCCUGGGCUGUGGAGGGUGAACGGUCCUGGGGCACGGUCUCCUACGGCUGGCUAUGCUAUAGCAGGAGGGACUCCCUUGGCUGGUGUGGGCUCCGAGGUUAGGAACUUUAGGAACCGCUGGUGCUAACUUCGCUUUGCUCCUUUGCAGGAUCCGGCCCAGGCCCUGACUCUUUGAAGAGAGAUGAAGAAACCGAGAUUCCGAGAGGUUCAGACGCUUGCCCGGGGUCACACAGCUAGUCUCACCCGCCGCUCGCGCUGCCACGCCCCUGCACCAUGGCUCCGGGCCCCUUCUCCUCCGGGCUCCUCUCGCCGCCGCCGCCCGCCGCUCUCCCCUUUCUCCUGCUGCUCUGGGCAGGCGCGUCUCGCGGCCAGCCCUGCCCGGGCCGCUGCAUCUGCCAGAACGUGGCGCCCACGCUGACCAUGCUGUGCGCCAAGACCGGCCUGCUCUUCGUGCCGCCCGCCAUCGACCGGCGCGUGGUGGAGCUGCGGCUCACUGACAACUUCAUCGCCGCCGUGCGCCGCCGGGACUUCGCCAACAUGACCAGCCUGGUCCACCUCACCCUGUCCCGCAACACCAUCGGCCAGGUGGCGCCGGGCGCCUUCGCCGACCUCCGCGCGCUGCGCGCCCUGCACCUGGACAGCAACCGCCUGGCCGAGGUGCGCGGGGACCAGCUCCGCGGCCUGGCCAACCUCCGCCACCUCAUCCUGGGCAACAACCAGAUCCGCAGGGUGGAGUCGGCGGCCUUCGACGCCUUCCUGGCCACCGUGGAGGACCUGGACCUGUCCUACAACAACCUGGAGGCGCUGCCCUGGGAGGCGGUGGGCCAGAUGGUGAACCUCAACACGCUCACGCUGGACCACAACCUCAUCGACCACAUCGCCGAGGGCACCUUCGUGCAGCUGCACAAGCUCGUGCGCCUGGACAUGACGUCCAACCGGCUGCACAAGCUGCCCCCCGACGGGCUCUUCCUGCGGUCCCAGGGGGCGGGCCCCAAGCCGCCCACGCCGCUCACCGUCAGCUUCGGGGGCAACCCGCUGCACUGCAACUGCGAGCUGCUCUGGCUGCGGCGCCUCACCAGGGAGGACGACCUGGAGACGUGCGCCACGCCCGAGCACCUCACCGACCGCUACUUCUGGUCCAUCCCCGAGGAGGAGUUCCUGUGCGAGCCCCCGCUCAUCACGCGCCAGGCAGGCGGCCGCGCCCUGGUGGUGGAGGGCCAGGCCGUCAGCCUGCGCUGCCGGGCCGUGGGCGACCCCGAGCCCGUGGUGCACUGGGUAGCCCCCGACGGGCGGCUGCUGGGGAACUCCAGCCGGACUCGGGUCCGCGGGGACGGGACGCUGGACGUGACCAUCACCACCCUGAGGGACAGCGGGACCUUCACCUGCAUAGCGUCCAACGCGGCGGGGGAGGCCACGGCGCCCGUGGAGGUGUGCGUGGUGCCGCUGCCCCUGAUGGCGCCCCCGCCCGCCGCCCCGCCGCCCCUCACGGAGCCGGGCUCUUCGGACAUCGCCACACCGGGCAGACCCGGUGCCAACGACUCGGCCGCGGAGCGCAGGCUGGUGGCCGCUGAGCUCACGUCCAGCUCCGUGCUCAUCCGCUGGCCAGCCCAGAGGCCGGUGCCCGGCAUCCGCAUGUACCAAGUGCAAUACAACAGCUCUGCGGAUGACUCCCUGGUCUACAGGAUGAUCCCUUCCACCAGCCAGACCUUCCUGGUGAACGACCUGGCCGCCGGCCGCGCCUACGACUUGUGCGUCCUGGCGGUGUACGACGACGGGGCCACCGCGCUGCCGGCCACCAGGGUGGUGGGCUGCGUGCAGUUCACCACGGCGGGGGACCCCGCGCCGUGCCGCCCGCUGAGGGCCCACUUCCUGGGCGGCACCAUGAUCAUCGCCAUCGGGGGCGUCAUCGUCGCCUCGGUCCUGGUUUUCAUCGUCCUGCUCAUGAUUCGCUACAAGGUGUACGGCGACGGGGACAGCCGCCGCCUCAAGGGCGCCUCCAGGUCGCCCCCUCGGGUCAGCCACGUGUGCUCGCAGACCAACGGCGCCGGCACGCAGCAGGCCUCCGCCCCGCCGGCCCCGGACCGCUACGAGGCGCUGCGGGAGGUGGCCGUCCCCGCAGCCGUCGAGGCGAAGGCCGCAGGGGCCGAGGCGACGUCGGCCGAGCUGGAGGUGGUGCUUGGACGCUCUCUUGGGGGCUCGGCCACCUCGCUGUGCUUGCUGCCCUCGGAGGAGACUUCUGGGGAGGAGUCCAGGGCCGCGACGGGCCCUCGGCGGAGCCGUUCGGGGGCCUUGGGGCCUCCGACCUCAGCGCCCCCGACGUUAGCUCUGGUUCCCGGGGCAGCCCCGGCUCGGCCGAGGCCGCAGCAACGCUAUUCCUUUGACGGGGACUACGGGGCGCUGUUCCAGAGUCACAGUUACCCGCGCCGCGCCCGGCGGACAAAGCGCCACCGGUCCACGCCGCACCUGGACGGGGCCGGAGCGGGCGCGGCCGGGGAGGACGGAGACCUGGGGCUGGGCUCCGCCCGGGCACGCCUGGCCUUCACCAGCACCGAGUGGAUGCUGGAGAGUACCGUGUGAGCGGCGGGCGCGCGCGGGCACCGGGACGCCCGUGGGCCGCGCUCGGCCGCCCGGUCCGGCCGGAUACGGGGAGGCUGGAGAGAAGGGAUGCGCGAGGGGCGGGGCCGGCUGCCGCCGAGGCCCCGCCCACCGGCGCCUCCGACUCCGCCCUCCGCCCCGCCCCCCGCGCGCUCGCGGACCUCGCCGGAGCCGGUGCCUUACACAGCGAAGCGCGGGGAGGGGCGGGGCCCCCCCACACUGCAGCACUGAGACACGAGUCCCCUACCCUACCCGGGACCCUGGGGCAGGGGCGAGGGGCCCAUUCCUUGUAUCUGGCUGGACUAGAUCUCAUUCUGCCCCGCGGCGGCCUCCAAAGCCUCCCGUCCCCUCACCGGUCCCCCUCCCUGGUCCCACCCGUCUGGUUUGGAGGGAGGGGCCCCUCCUUUCUUCUCUCUGCGUCCUUGUCGUUCCCUCCCUCUGUCGUCUGUCUUGAGUCUUUCCUUACUCGUCGUCUCUUCUCCCUCUGCCUAUCCUUGUUCUUGUUUUUGUUUUUUUGUUUUUUUUGUUUACUUCUUUGUCCAGUGUCUGUGUCUCCCGAUUCCCUGUCCUCACCAUCUCCCGGGCAGGUCCCACUGAAGGACCAGACUCUUCCCUCUGCCUUUCUCGUCCCCACAAUGAAUCCCCACACAAACGAAAACCAAAUCCCUCUAUCGGAGCCGGGACCCUCCGCCGCAGCAGAAUUAAACUUUUUUCUGUGUCUGAGGCG